CUUUAAAGGCGUAUUUAAAGUGGCUUUAACUGCAAGACGUCUCAGAGGAUCCGGCCAGUGCACCAAAACAAAAACCAACGCACAUCCAGAGGCUGCUGGAAAGACGCGUCCUGUAGGAGAGAGCCACUGCAGGGGAUUGUGUACAAACACACGGCUUUCUGGGUGCCAAAACUGCUGCUUAGCUGGCGCACGGCUGACAACAGUGCAGAGCCACGUCUGUAAAAGAGCUGCUGCAUGCAGGCACAGGAGAUUUAUGAAGCUUUCAAGGCCUUUUGAUUGAUCAGCCACUCGAUGGGGAUUCACCGGCGAGCUCCCAGCUGUGUGUCCUGCCCUGCGGCCCGCUGCCUGCCCUCUCUCUUCAACACCUCCUCCACCGAAAUCAUGAAACUAGUAUUAACUGAAUGGCAAAUGAUAUGGAUUUUUACUGUUUCCAAUAGACAGUAAACACACAGUCACCAUUUACACACACCAUACACAUACACUUAUCCAUUUACACACACCACACACACAUACAUAUAUACACACACUCAUUCCUAUUGUCACAUACAUACAUACAUACAUACAUACAUACAUAUAUAUACAUUUGCUCACACCAAAGGGAGUGACCUCAUGACAAAGCCAUAUCUCCCUCACGGGUGCAUACCAAAAAACCUGACAAAGUUCUGCUAAGAGCUUCACGGCACGUCCUCGAGGAGCCUAAACGGAAUGUAUUCUUCGCAGUGAGCGUUUGAUUCCUCUCAACAGUGUACUUCGAUUACCAAAAGGAGCUGCUUGGAUUUUAAUGUGCACCAUUCAUCUUUUGAAUUGAUUUGGCUUUAUUUUGGUUUUGCACAUCUGUAAAGAGUGAGGUGUCCUUCCCUUGCCGAUUGCAUGCCGACGACGAUGGCGCCCCAGAACACUGAUGCAGAAGCUAUGCAGGUGCAGGAGGUCGUGGUGGUCCCUGCCAAGGCGGCUAGCGGAAGCUCAGACGGAGGUGGAGGAGGGGACAGGGCAAACGCAGCGGGUGGAGGACGGGACCAGGAGAGUCAGGAGGAGUCAGCAAGCGAGGGUUCUAUAGACAGCAUCCCCUUGCGCCAGUGGGUUAUGAAUGGAGCCAUCAUGUUUGGACGAGAGUUCUGCUACGCAAUGGAGACAGCCCUGGUGACUCCCGUGCUGCUGCAAAUUGGUCUUCCAGAACAGUACUACAGCCUGGUGUGGUUCCUGAGCCCCAUCCUGGGCCUCAUGUUCACUCCUUUGAUAGGAUCAGCCAGUGACCGCUGCACUUUGCGCUGGGGUCGCCGCCGGCCCUUCAUUCUAGCACUGUGUGUGGGUGUGCUCCUCGGUGUAGCACUCUUCCUCAACGGAUCUCUAAUAGGUUUGGCUGUAGGAGAUUUGCCCAACAGGCAGCCUAUAGGCAUCGUGCUGACUGUGCUUGGAGUGGUGGUGCUGGACUUCUGUGCUGAUGCAGCCGAGGGGCCCAUCAGAGCAUAUCUGCUGGAUGUGGCUGACACAGAGGAGCAGGAUAUGGCUCUCAACAUCCACGCUUUCUCAGCAGGACUGGGAGGUGCUGUGGGCUAUGCACUUGGUGGUCUUGACUGGACAAACACCGUCCUUGGUCAGGCUUUUAAGUCCCAGGAACAAAUCCUGUUUGUGUUCGCCGCUGCAAUAUUUAUCGUCUCAGUGACACUGCACCUCUUCAGCAUUGAGGAGGAACAGUACAUCCCGCAGCAGGAACGACUGGAUGAGGAGGCUGAAGGGACAGCCUCUGUCAAACUGAAUGUCCUGCUUGGUCUUCCGACAUCGCAGCAGCAGCUGGAUCUGAUUCCUGAGGAUGAGCCCUAUGAGCGUGAAGCCCACUCAGUUGAGCCAGAGCUGGACUUCCUGGAUGUGGAGCUGGUGCGCAGUAAGAGCGACUCAGUGCUGGCCAUGGCUGAUGGCACACUGGAGCAUGAGGCAAUCUUCUUGGGCCAGAUAGAGCCUUCCAUUUUUCAUGAGCGCUUAUCAUCGUACCACGGCAGCCAAGAGUUCCCACAUGGGCGCUUCAGUCUCAGCCGUCUCUCAACCUUAUUGCACGAGCCAGAGGGUGAAGAGGUGCCACUCCAUGCAGAACCCAAAGCCCCCAAUGGCCAACCAGCCGGGCACAGUGAUACCACCGGACAUUCCCAGCCACUUCCAACAAAUGCGUUCAAAUCCUCCAGUGCUGGAGCUGCCAUCCGGCGCCGACGCCACACCUUCUACCGCCAGUCGUCCUGUACUUUCUCCUACUAUGGACGCCUGGGCUCACACCGCUACCGCUACAGGCGUGCCAACGCCGCCGUGCUUAUAAAACCAUCACGCAGCAUGAACGACAUCUACGAGAUGCAGCAACGCCAGAGGAGGGGACAGAGGCACAGAGCUCGGCACCAAAGCGGAAACACUACAUCCAGUGGAGACACUGAAAGUGAGGAGGGUGAAAUGGAGACUACUGUACGCCUCCUCUGGAUGUCCAUGCUAAAAAUGCCCAAAGAAUUACUGCGCCUCUGUCUUUGCCACCUGCUCACCUGGUUCUCCAUCAUCGCUGAGGCUGUAUUCUACACUGACUUUAUGGGACAGGUCAUCUACGAGGGUGACCCCACGGCUCCUUCAAACUCCACUGAGCUGCAGAACUACCAUAAAGGAGUGCAGAUGGGCUGCUGGGGGCUGGUAAUCUACGCUGCUACUGCUGCUGUCUGCUCAGCUCUACUCCAAAAGUAUCUGGACAACUUUGACCUCAGCAUAAGGGUCAUCUACAUUCUGGGCACCCUGGGCUUCUCCAUCGGCACAGCCAUCAUGGCCAUCUUCCCCAACGUCUACGUGUCCAUGGUGAUGAUCAGCAGUAUGGGUAUUAUCUCUAUGAGCAUCUCCUACUGUCCAUAUGCUCUACUGGGCCAGUACCAUGAGAUCAAAGAGUAUAUCCAUCACAGCCCUGGCAACUCAAAACGAGGCUUCGGCAUCGACUGUGCAAUCCUGUCCUGCCAGGUGUACAUCUCUCAGAUCAUCGUGGCAUCAGCAUUGGGAGCAGUGGUGGACGCAGUGGGCAGCGUGCGUGUCAUCCCCAUGGUGGCAUCCGGUGGCUCUUUCCUGGGUUUCCUGACCUCUUGCUUCCUGGUCAUCUAUCCAGGAGAUGGUGAUGGGGAGAAGAGUGAGCAGAACAAAGCUCUCACCAAUUCCAGCAACACAGAGAAUGACACCAACACCGAGAAGCCCAGUGUCCUGAAGCUCACACGCAAAGGCACCACAACCACCACAACCUGCAACGUGGAGUGCGAAUCCACGCUGUAAUGAAGAUGCGUGGCUGUGAAGCUCACAUUCCCUCCAUCCCAGCAGAGUUCAGCUUUCACAGGGCAGAAGUUUAGAUUUUAUUUGUUUGUUCAUUAGUUUUGGGAGGUGGCAUUGGCAUUCUUGAUCCUCAGAGCCACCAGGGGGGGUGCGGGACACACGAAAUGACAAGGGCAUUUUGGUCUGUCUCUUUCUCUAUAUAUAUAUUUCUCUAUUUAAGCAUGCACUUCAUCCAAUCAAAAAUCCUACUUCCACUCUAAGUGCAAGAUCUAAUCAUAUAAUCUAAUCUAAUCUAAAUGAAAAUUAUUUGUGUAAGAUAAUCACCUGGUUUCUAGGUUUUGUUUCCAUUGAUAAUUGUUCCUUCAUGUUUGUUUGUUUGGUUUUAUGGCCUCCUGUCCAGGAAGAGGAAGUUUCCCAGGUACAUUGGGAAAAUUGGGUGUGAUCAGCAGCAAAGCACCCAAAGGUUUAAAACAGACCCAAAUCCUCGUCUCUGUAUUUCGUUAAUCUUUUCAUAGUGUUUUAGUUUGUGCAAAACUGCUAAAGUCGAUGCUGGGAGAAGGAAUUGCUUCUCCUUCAAAGAUUCCUUCAAAGGUCCUCUGUUCCACCUAUGAGCAGUGCAUAUAAAACAUGUUUCAAUUUCAACACAUAUAUCCAAAUCUUCCACCCAUUGGUGGAAACGCUUUACUGCUUAAAAAAUAAUGUCGUAACAAAUCUCAAUGCUGCAGCCGAGUCUUUAGAGCAUGUACCAAAUGGAGUAAAUGGGUAAAUGUGUGAAAAUAGUGGAAGAUGCCCUGUGUAUCUUUCAGUUCAGUUUUCAGUUGUAACAGGAUGUGAUUGGCGUCAGCUCAGUUGUCAUGUAGUUUGUGUGUUUGUACGUGGGGCUUGAGGUGAUCGGGAAGGUGCUUGAGGAGCAUUUCAGUGUAAGCGCUCACUGUUUUCACUUUUUGGCAGAACUUAAGCUGUGCAGUGAAUUCACUUUAAACAUGGUGUUUUUAGUUUAGUUCUCCACCUUUCUGUUUUGCUUCUAUUGAAUGGAGGGUGCUUGGGACUGGAGUGCUGCACCAUCAGUAGUAAUGUUUACAUUCUCCUUCACUGCUGCAUGUUGGAAGUCGUUUUUAGACACCUUCCACACUGAGAUCUCCCAAUUUUCUCGUCAUCUCUGGCACCUUGGCUCCUCCGUGGCCUCCAAUUCAGUCCCAGUUUACUCCACAGCCGUGCAAUACACCUGUGAUGGUGGACACUGGGUGGUUGUGUGCUUAAUCCUUCCAGCUGGUCUUCUGGGUUUGUCACAUUUGGUGUAAAGUGGUGAGAUUUCUGACUUACUCAAAGCUGGAUGACUAGUCAUGACCUGAGGUCAGGAUCCUAUUGGGAUAUUUACGAGACACGAUAUUUACUUCCAUGUUGCUGUUUAGCAUGUCAGACACUCUGAAGCAUGUUGACAAUAUUUGUGUUUCCCUUGAAGCAGAUUUGUACUUAUAUCUAUCUUUAUACAGUAUUAAAACUAAGUCAUAAGCUGAAAUAUAUGUUUUUUGGAAUGUUGGUUAAAAGAAAAAAAUACAUAAACCAAACUUGAAGAAAAAAAUAUAAAUAUAUAUAUAUAUAUAUAUAUAUAUAAACACAGCUUAUUUUCAGACAAAUCAGACACAGUUGCAAUAAUAAUGUUACUUGCCUCAGAACGUGUGAACGUUUGAGUGCUGAAUUUUUCUACCUAGUGCAUGAGGAUGUUGCAUCCUAGAUACUAAAGAAAUGCAAUACGUUUUAUGAAGGCCAUAUAGCCUCUAUAAUGAACUAUGAACAUGUAAAUAACAUGUUAUAAUGCAUUUAUAAGGCAUUGUUGAAUUGUUAAAAUAAUGUGUUAUAAGUAUUAAUCAUGUACCAGAAUGACUGUAUCUGUAUCUGUUUAGUGCUAAACAUAUCCCUAUCUUUAUUCAGUUUAAAACAUAUAGUGGGCGUGGCCUAAACCAAAUGUUUUUUGUUUUGUUUUUUUUUGUUUUUUUUUAUAAUAUGGACCAGAUCACUAUGCCCCCAAAGGAAAACUCUGGACAAAAUCUCAGAGUUAAAACAAUUCCUCAACCUCAGCUACAUCAUUCAAGUUAUAUGUGAGGGAUUAUUAUUAUUAUUUUUUUUAAUCCCUGUCACACAGUUAUUUUUUUGUACCUACUUGUUUUGUAUCUAUUAUUGUCUGUACCAACCCAUGAUAUUUUCUUACAAAUUUAAUUGGUUAUAUUUCCCAAAAUAUAAACUAACUAGUAGCCUAAUUUAAACUACCACAACCCUGAGCAGGCAUUAAAGCUUAUGGGACAAAUAAAGACCAUGUUCAUUAACAUUGUAAAUGCAUCAUGUUAUUGUUCAUGUUAAUGAACAUCGUCUUUAUUUGUCCCAUAAGCUUUAUAUCUGUAUUUAUGUCCAUUUAACAUUAUCCUUCCAUUCCAAAUGAUGUAUUCAUAUUCAACUACAUCCCUGCUAAGAAUAAGAAUAUUUCAAAUAUAUCUCACUUUAGGUAGAACUGAUAAAUACUACUUUAUACAUUCUUAUAAAAAUGUAUAAAUUUUAUAAAACAUCUGAGUUGUAGCAAAAAACAUCACAUGCCACAAUACAGUAAAAGUUCUAUACAUUUAGAGUUCAAGAAAAUGCAAAAAUUGGAAAAAAGUACAGGGCUCAAUUUAUCUGUUAAAUAUAAUACGCAAGCUGAGUUUCUUGGAUAUGUGUUACAGUAUGGACACUAUUUAAUGCAAUGUAUUAACAAUUAAUAACAUAAAGUGCAGUUUUCAUGAAUGCUUAUAAUAUGUACAGUAUAAUGCCUUGAAAAUGUAUCAUAACAUAGAUAUGGUGGAUAAGAUAUGAUGUACCUUUAUUGAUCCCCUGUAGGGGAAAUUCAGUAAUAGAUAUAAUUGUAAUAAUUCCGAUAUAGAUAUGGAUAUAAAUAUGGCCUUCAUAGAAAGUGUUACUGAUAUGUACUCAUUACUUAAAAAUAUUAGAGACUUGACUUUUGUCAGUGGACAGGUCUCUACUUUUUUUAAAUACUUGAAGUGUGUGUUCAUUUUUUUGGUGAUCUAAGAGGGUAUAUGGUAAAAACCUGGAUGAAGGGAUGCUGGAUUGGACUUGGUUUGGUUGGCUUUGCUCUAUCGGGAGGCAUGUUCAAGUCAUGUGAAUGUAACUAUUGUCAUUUUAUUGUUUUACUAUGAGCAAAAGAUCUGAUAUUGCAAAGAACUUGCACACGGGCUGUCGUCCCUGACUCGGAUUAUGCAUAGUCUUGGACUAUGAAGGAUUUCCGCUGGAGUUACAUCUUUUACUGUGCAAGUUAGUUCAAGACAAGGCUUAAUCCUUGUCUAGAAGGAUGCCCGCACAGAGUUUUAAGAAUCAUCUUGCAAAAGAAAAAAAAAACUGUGGAUAUUUAUUUUUUAGCUCUUUCAUGUUAUACAAAAUGCUUUUGCUUUAUUUAAAGAUGAAAAUAUAAUUACAGAGAGCUCUAUUAUUAACUGUUGUACUAAAUGCAAAUUGAAGUAUGUGUUGGAAAAGAUCAGAGCUGUGAGCGUGUGAUGUGUGUGUGUGUGUGUGUGUGUGUGUGCGCGUGUGUGUUUUGUCUGUGCAAUGUAAGAAUUAGACUUUAGCUGUCUACAUUACCUAGUUUACAGACAUUAAUUUAAAGCAAAUGUCACUUAAGUCAAUGAUUCUCAUUAUAUGUAGUUCAAGGUAUGUGAUUACUGAAUAAUCUUUUAUCAUUGCCUCAUUAUGAUUGUGUAUUUGUUCCGUGUUCAUCACUUUAAAGAAAGAACGUGGAUGUUAACAUUGUUAGGACUGACAAAAUGUAUGGAGGAGAAUCGAAUAUCUACAGUGUACUAUAUGCCUUGUUAUUUGAAAGUUGUAUAUAUUCCUUUGAAAUAGUUUCUUUUGCUGCUAUAAAAAAAAAGCUGAUUAUUUUUAUUAGUUUCAUUUUCUAAGAACUGUACAUAACAUCUGUAAAUAUGCACAAGCCUUCAGAUGUAGACCUAUUCAGGAACACUGUAUUGAAUGCACCUUUAAAGAAUCACUGAAAGAAA